AUGGAAAAUCCAAGCAAAGAAGAAACUAGUAGUUGCCUAAUGUGUUUAGUUGAAAAUUGGCUGAAUCUCAUCACAUCACACUUCACUUUCAGAGUCCAUGCUUUGCUUGGAUACUCUCUCAUGCACAACGUCUUUAAAUCGGAUGAUGAAUUUGAUGACGACAAUACACACACCUUGAAGCCAUCCAAUAGGAUUACCCCUGAGCCUUCUCUAGCUGCUAAGAGUUUCAGCUUGAACCCUUUUGAUGAUGAUGAUUGUGAUGAGAAAAGAUUCACUUCAUCGUUGAAACCUUCUUUGAAUAUGGAUGCAAAGAGCCGGUACAGAAGUGAGUUCCGUGAUUGUGGAGGUGCUGAGAACCAGAGUGUUCAGGAACUUGAGAGCUAUGCUGUGUACAAGUGUCAGGAAACAACCAAAACCGUACAAGGGUGUCUGAAAGUAGCACAAGAAAACCCAAAUAAACUUCUAUGGGAUGAUUCUGAUUGUAUGUUUCGUGUUUGGUUUCAGGGUGAGAAACUUCUUGGAAGCCUCGGUGGCAUUUUUUCAAGGACUUGGAAGCCAAAGAAGUCUCGUUCCAUAACCGGUCCUGUCAUAACUAGAGUUGAAUCCCCAAAGAGAAGAGUUAAUCACUUAGAGACCAGAGAAAAGCUGGGGUUGAACCAUUUUCACAAGCCACAAUCAAGAACCCCCCGUGAACCGCUCCCUGAAUCCCCUGAUGCCUAUCAGAAACUAGAGGUGGAGAAAGCAAAGCAGGACGAUGGACUUGCAGAUUUGAGUGAUCUACUCAGCGAACUGAAGAACAUGGCUGUUGAUAUGGGAACUGAAAUCGAAAGGCAAAACAAUGGACUUGAUCACCUUCAAGACGAUGUGGACGAGCUCAACUUCAGAGUGAAACAAUCUAACCAACGAGCUCUCCGUUUACUCGGAAAGUAA